AUGUCCUGUGACUACUACCAACUGCAACAAUCCUCCAACAAUGUCACUAACACAACGUUUACUCCCCAUCCAUUGACACCACUGGAAGUGUAUCAUAUUUUGAAUUUUUUUACCACUUCACCCUACAUCAUCAUUCAAUCGAUUCUCUUUGUACUCUCCAUUGUCGUGUACAUUUACAAAUUUAAGGAAAUGAAACGCAAUCAACAUGUAUUAUUUAUCAUGUUAUUCGUGUUGCAAAGCGAUAUCAUGGUGGAUUUGAUUCUGCGAGUCAAUAAUGAAGCAAAUGCUUAUGAACACUCUCGAAAUACAACGAAUGGAGUUGAGGAUUAUCUCUUAACAGGCAUUGCUGUGGCCCAUCGUUGCAUCAUUAACUUUUUAGUUUUUUGGCAACUUUGGAUCAUGUAUUUCCUGUGUUCCGUGUUCUUACACACUUGUCAUGAAAUUGCAGCAAUUUCGUCCAUUGGAUACAAGUGUUUUAAAUUCGCAAAUAUUGCAACCAUUGUUGUGAUUAGCGUGUUCUUUGUUUGUCAUACCUUGUACAACAUUAUCACUGGAGCUCUCACCAUUCAUGGAGUGUUCAUUGAUGUUACUGUUUAUGUGCCGAUGGAAAUUGCAUUAUUAGUAGCUGCAGGAAUUUUGUUCUUCACUUCCUCGCUUGUCUUCUCCAUUCUGCUCAAUAUCAUUAGUUACAAAUUAGAGACUUCUCUCACAAAAAGUAUGAUCAAGCUUAAACAAAUGAUGAAAGGAAAUGAAGAGUUUACGAGUAGAGAAUUAGAAGCAACGCUUCGUUUCAAACAAACCUCUCUGAGAAAGACUCGUCUGAUGCAUGCUGGUCUCUCCAUUGCGAUUAUAUUGGAAUCGCUUGGUUUUCUAUGUAUCUCUUUCUAUGUGUUGAACAUUUUCUUUGGAUUUGUGUAUUUGUUGUUGUCGAAUUUUGGAAUUUUCGUAUUUGUUUCCCUUCUUAUUGGCAUCAAUGCACCAAUGAAAGAGGUUCAACAAUUCUUCCAAAAGUUUGUCGUUGACGAUAAGGCAAAUGAUUCGUCCAAAAAGAACAAGUAUUGA